AUGGCAGAAGCUCUGCGUCUGUACCGUGCCAUCUAUCGGGCAGCAGGGAAGAUGCCCACACGCGACCGCGUCAAGUACGUGCGGCGUCGUUUGCGCCAUGAGUAUGAAGUGGCGCGGGAGGUGACGGAUCCGGAGCGACUUGCGUUCUUGCUGCGUGUGGCGGAGACGCAGCUGGAGACGGUCGAAGUGCAGGCAGAGCACCUGAGCUCGACGUUAUCCAGUCCGGACUACCAUCGGACGUAG